CGUACUGUUAAAUAAUCAACAUCGUGAAAACAGCAGAAAACAAUUACCCUCUGAAAACAUUAGAAAACUAUGCUCGCGGCCAAAUUCUUUACACCAGCACGAUGGUUCCACAAAGGAUUGCAAUCGGCGAGGGGAGCCAUAGUGUUGAAUGUGGAAACCAAAAAGUGUGCUCGGAAUCCAAACAAGUCUAGCCCGCUUACGCAUUUACCGGAUUACACCUUUAUGGAUGGCCGUGUGACCCCGUUUGGAUCCAAUCAGAAGAAACGCAUCUUACAACAGCGUGAAAUUGCAAAGCAAAUAGUGACAUUAUCAAAGGAGAUGGAUUUCGCCGUGGAAAGACACGAUCGAAUCAACGCAGAACAAGCAAAACGUAAAGAAGACCUCGUUCGCGAAAAGUUGAAACCGAAGGGUCAUUUAUUGUUGAAAAAAUCCAAGUGA